AUGGCAAAGCUCGUAAAAACAGCAAGUAAAAUUGAAGAAGUUAAAAAGGAAUACUUCCUCCGAAAUAUUCAAGCUGAAGAAAACAGACGGAGAGAGAACCAGGCAGCCAUGCAGAUCCAGAGCUGGUUCAGAGCCUGUAAGGUGCGGACGUAUCUCAGCCAUCUGCACAAGAAGGCAACCAUUAUCCAGAAGAUAUGGCGGAGCUUCGCAGCAAGGGCACGUGUCAGACAAAUGGUGAAGGAGGCAUAUUUUAUCAUGAAGAUGAAUUUCUACCAGGCAAUGGCGGUCAGGAUCCAGUGCAGAUGGAGAGGCUACUAUGUACGGAAAUACAUCCAUAACUUCUAUGCACGCAAGAGAUAUCUUGAUGGACUGGCCAUGAAGAAUGAACAAGUCAAAAAUGGGUUAGAUGAAGUUGAAGAGCUCCAGAAGAUAGAGAGAGAACGUCUGGAGAGGAAGAGAGAGCAGAAAGCCAAGGUCAAACAAGCUCGCCUACAUUACCUCCUCAGUACCAAGCAGUGCCCAGGGGUCUACAACUCUCCUUUCAGACCAGCCCCCCAUGAGAUGGAGUUGCUACUAAGAAAGGCCAAGCCCCAGCUCUCCACUCGAUUCUCCCCUAAGGGCAGAGCUUUGCUCCCAAACAGGCCCAAUCCCACUGUUCCCUCUUCCCCUGGGGCUUCAGGAUCCCAGUGGAUCAAAACUACCAACACUUGCUGCACCUCUGGGUCCCGUCUGCCUCCUAUUGCUAGAUGUAAACCACAGGGUCCAUUUAGGAGGCCAGAAGAUUGGUGGAAGCAGCGUCUGUGCUGCGCUGAGCCAUCUCUGCGUGUCCAGACCUCUUACAUACACCAAGAGGAGGCCUGGCAGGAGGAGUUGCGUCGACAGUUCACAGGACAACUUCAGGACACACUGUUUCUGCCUUUUACCAAAGCCCACCAGAGGAACAUGAAGUAUGAGCGUCAGCUCCAUAGCAGCACUUCUUUCCCUCCGUUAGCCUACGGUUCCAAAUAUUUCAGAGAGGAGGACAAACAUGAACUCAAGGAAAAGGAGCCAUUCAAGACAGUGUUCACCACCUGUAACGUCUUUGAUAAGUUUGACCGUCUGUACUCCAAGGCUGGCAACAUCGUAUGA